AUGUGGAGCGGGCACGGUACCUUCGACGGGUACAGCACCGUGAGCACCUCGGGGUCCGCGGGCGGCUACACGCAGUCCCCGGGCGGCUUCGGCUCCCCCGCCGGCGGACCGGGGGAGAAGAAGCAGAGAAUCCGCUCCCAGAACAUCGUGCCCUGCACCGUGUCGCAGCUGCUGGCAGCCGAGCAGGUCGACGAGACCUUCCGGAUCCGCGACGUGGAGAUCUCCCAGGUCACCAUUAUGGGGAUAAUUCGGCACGCUGAGAAAGCACCGACAAACAUUCUCUACAAAGUGGACGACAUGACGGCAGCCCCGAUGGAUGUCAGGCAGUGGGUUGAUACUGAUGAGGCAGGUGGCGAGAAUGUUGUGGUACCUCCAGGAACUUACGUAAAAGUAGCUGGUCAUCUUCGGUCUUUCCAGAAUAAGAAAAGCUUGGUGGCAUUUAAGAUCAUGCCUCUGGAAAACAUGAAUGAGUUCACCACACACAUACUAGAGAUUGUCAACGCGCAUAUGAUCCUCAGAAAAAAUCUUAUGUCAGCAUCAAGAGUACCUCAGUCGUUUUCCUCCGCUGGGAUAGGUGACGUGGGGGGCUAUGGAGGAGGUGGCAGCCUGCCAGUGAACGGACUCACAGCGCAUCAGAGUCAGGUGCUGAACUUGAUUAAAAACUGCCCUGUCCCAGAAGGUAUGAGUCUUCAAGAGCUGAAACUUCAGCUCCACAAUAUGAGCAUGUCAACAAUCAAGCAAGCAGUUGAAUUCCUUAGCAGCGAGGGACACAUCUACUCCACUGUGGAUGAUGAUCACUAUAAGUCAACAGAUGCUGAGUGAAGUUACUUCCAGCUGGAUUUAGUUCUAAGCAAAUGCUUGUCCAUGUACCAAGUUAUCCUGCUGAGCUUUGCAACCUGGAAGGUGAUCUUUGCUCUUUCUAGCCUCUGAAAGUCCCAGUUACUCUGUGAGUGCCUCCUUGGAAUUCAAGGACAAGCAGAACGUGUAGGAUUCUGUUAACUGGACUGGAUUACAUGCUGUGGCCAUGUGACUGAAAGGAUAAACAGACAUGGGAAGACUGAACUCCUCAAAGCUUCAGAGCCUUCGGUUUGGUUUUGUCUCCUUAGAGGAUGCCUGCGUUAGAAAGAAGCUCUUUCUAAUCUUGUCCUGGGCAGAUUGUCUUUUAUUUCUAGAGCUGUUUCUCCUUACUGAGCUUUCAUUCCAUUUCAUUCACAAAGUGGGUAGCCAAGAGUAAUAUUCCACUAAUGUACAGUAAUCAUGAAUAGAUUUUUAAUUGCUUUAGUUUAUGCAUUUAAAUCUAUAUUUGUACUAUGAGGUGAUCUUGUUACUAGAGCUUUUGAAUGUUUCCAAUAAAAUUUUAACUUGGGUAGU